AUGGCCGAGCACGCAACAGCAGUAGUGAGACUGAAAGACGUCAGCUCCGCCCAAGUCGCAGCUCAUUCGGCGGGACUCAGUUAUACAUUCAAUUAUGCUGAAGCCGAUAUUCUCGCGAGGAGUGACUUACAAGUUACUCGCGAACAGCUGAAGUCAUGUUUUUCCGGUCCCCAGUCAAGCACAAUGACCUCCACGCUCGAUGCUGAGAAUUGGCCUACACAAACCGAUACAGCAUACACUACCGGAUACGACACCACUCGGGUGAUACCACACGAACCACCGGUUGGAGAACACUUGAACCUGCUGCGCAAUCCUACUGAAACAACUGCCACCACCGUCUCCCUCGCCUUCUUCCUCCUCUCUCUCGGACAUGACUUGACGCAGUCAACACUAGCCCUGGCUUCGCCAAUGGUCACUGUCACAUGA